UCUCGAUAAGCCGGUGGUGCUCGCGACUUAAUCUCGUAAUCGGAGCGACUUAACUCGCAUCGGGCGGCCCUUAAUCUCGCGGGUUCACCGGUCGGCCCCAGCCCCCGAUAAAAAGCUCGGCAAAAGCGCCGAGCCGCGAAAUUCGGACGGCGCACCGUCAAAAGCACUUGCUUUCGAGUUCAACUAUUUCCCAAGUUUACAUAGUGAAAACUUUAAGACUCAGAACAUUUAAAGUAUUCGGAAUUAACUAAAAAAAAGUGUCGCAUUCUCACGGUCUGUGUUCGUCCAGGUUAACCAAUUACAUUCGUUUCUGUAAAACUCAACGGAGGAUCACGAAAACUAUCGUUCUAGGUCAGUGAGUGAUAUCCUGAACACAAAUUAUUUUCUGAAAACUAGUAAUUGAUUCCAACCCGAACAACACACAUAUUCUUUGAGGAACAACCAAAUAAUUAAGAGGACCCAGAGGACGCUCGAGGACACGAAUCCGAAUUACACCGGGUACGAGACCGGGCGAUCACAAGCGCGAAACCCGUAACCUCCGGGAUGGGCGCCUGAUUUGCGGGACGCGGCGAGGACGGCAAGACGCUACUGGACGUCGGACGACGACGACAACGGCGACGGUGACGACAGUGUGGACAGUCGCGAAUCGGACCCGAAGACACCGUCCGUAAUUGGCGGCUCGUUAGUUGGCCAUGGGCUCUGAGGCUACGUUGUUGCUGUGCUUGUUCCUCGUCGCCGACUUGGACACCGCCACUUACGCCCAACCAGGCAACUCAAGAGUGGGGAAAGUGCCGCUGAAGCCAAGCCACUACCUAACAGAAAAUGACAACCAAUACUGGCUGGACUCGGCGCUGGCGGCGAUGCAGCAGAAGCUGGACACGGACCCGAUCAGGGGGACGGCCAAGAACGUCAUCAUGUUCCUCGGGGACGGCAUGUCCGUUCCGACCGUGACGGCGGCCCGCAUCUACGCCGGCCAGCUGGCCAAAAAGAAGGGCGAGAGCUCGUCCCUCGCCUGGGAGCGCUUCCCCUACUUGGGACUCGCCAAGACAUACUGUGUGGACAAGCAAGUAGCUGACUCGGCUUGCACGGCGACAGCCUACCUCAAUGGAGUCAAGAAUAAUUACGCAACCAUCGGGGUCAAUGCAAAAGUUAAACGAAAAGACUGUGCCGGUUCGAAGGACGCUGCCAACCGGACGGCCUCGAUCCUAAAAUGGGCCCAGGACGCAGGGAAGGCGACCGGGGUGAUCACGACGACCCGGGUGACGCACGCGUCUCCUGCAGGGACCUACGCGCACACCUCCGAGCGGGACUGGGAGUCCGACUUCGACAUCGCCAACGACACCGAGGUCAAGGGCGUCGACUGCCACGACAUCGCCAAGCAGCUCAUCCUCGACGAUCCCGGAAGGAACAUCAAGGUCAUCAUGGGCGGUGGAAGACGAAAGUUUCUACCCAACACCGUUAGAGAUCCCGAGGGUCAAGGUCUCGGUCAAAGACUGGACAAUCAGAAUCUCAUCAGAAUGUGGGAGCAGGAUAAGUCAGAGCGGGGAAGCAAACCUCAGUUCGUCUUCAACCGAAAACAACUUUUAGAUCUUAAUAUUUUAGAGACUGAUUAUUUAUUAGGGCUUUUCGAAGCGAGCCACAUGCGUUACCACCUGGAGGCGGACCCAACGACGGAGCCGACGCUGGCCGAGAUGACGGAGGCGGCCGUGAAGCUGCUCAAGAAGGAGAAGAACGGGUUCUUCCUCUUCGUCGAGGGCGGGCUCAUCGACAAGGCCCACCACGAGAACUGGGCCCAGAUGGCUCUGGACGAGGCCCACGAGAUGUCCAAGGCCGUGGAGACGGCCGUCCGGCUCACGCAGGAGUCGGACACGCUCAUCGUGGUGACGGCCGACCACGCGCACACCAUGUCCAUGAGCGGCUACCCGGCGCGCGGCAACGACAUCCUCGCCGCCACCGAGAAGUCCGACGUCGACAACAAGCUCUACGCCACGCUCAGCUACGCCAACGGCAUGGGCUACCGGGAGGCCGUCCUCGUCAAGGACGCCGACGGCAAGGACGCUUGCACCCGAUUCGACCUCGCCAACGAUCUCCCCGAUAGGACGAACGUGGAGUACCGCUACCCGGCCCUGGCCCCGCGGGACCAAGAGACCCACGGCGGCGACGACGUGGCCGUGUACGCGCGGGGCCCGUGGGCCCACCUCCUGACGGGCGUCUUCGAGCAGAACCUCAUCCCGUUGGUCAUGGGCCGCUCGGCCGACUUGGGGCCCGGCCGCGACUCCGCCAGAGGGGCCGCCGCACCCGCCGCGGCCCUCCACCCCGCCGCCUUCAUCCCGCUGGCCGGAAUCCUCUGCAUGCGCUUCCUACUGGGUGGCUCCUAGCCUCAGGGGAAGAAGCCGCGCUACCGAUUCCCGAGCAUGUUCCCGAACAUCGACGAGACCCACGGCGGGGACGACGUGGCCGUGUACGCCCGGGGCCCGUGGGCCCACCUCCUCACCGGGAGCCACGAGCAGCACCUCAUCCCGG